AUGUCACUGCCUCGUGACAAGCUUGGAGCAAGCAAUUUAUGCCAGGUAUACCUCCAAAACGUGGAUCCAAUAAUCAAAAUCCUACACCGGCCCAGCCUCAGCGAAUGGAUGCUGGACGGGGCAUCAACAUAUCUGGGAUCAUCCGAGGAUGACAGUUCGGUGAGAGCGCUGGCGUCUGCGGUUUGCUAUGUUGCAGCCAACACCAUGACAGAAGCACAGUGCCAGGCCACGUUUCAACAAAACAAGUCUAGCAUCACGACCGUGCAUCGCAAAAUGUGCGAAAGCGCCUUUGAGAAGGCCGGCUUGCUGACGACGAGAGAUAUGACUGUCCUUCAAGCCUUCAUUUUGUAUCUUAUUGCUAGACGAUCCGAAGACAAAGACACCGCUGUCUGGGCACUCGUUGCCCUAGCCCAUAUGCGACUGCGGUUGUGGCUCACGGUUUGCCUUGUCGACAUUCAGGCAUCGUUUGCGCAAGCAUCCGAGCCACUUAUCACCCACAGCGGCGCAGCAUGUGCAAUUUCAAACGUGGCACAUAUCAAUGAAUCCGAUUUCGAUAUGAAUACCGAGCACCCAGUCGCUUCGCAGGAGCAGCUCAUGGACACGACGUUUGCUCUGGUGACAUAUCACGUACAAGUAGCCGGCCGGGUCCUCAACUUUGGCUCACCCGAGUGCAGCACUGCCGCAGAACGACAUAGACUGGCUCAAGAACGUCAACAGCAAGUGUUCACCUUGCUGCACUACUGUGAUCCCGAGUCCUCUCCCUAUGCCUGGUUCACCUGGCAUAGUACACAAUCAAUUGUAUCGGCGAUCCGUCUUUCAGAGUUGCUACCAUCCCGAUGUAACCGACCAGACAGCCGUGUCUCAGUGCCGGUACCGCGAGAAGAAGGCGAAACAAUUCUGUUGCAAUGGGCCCUGCGAAAUCUAGAAAAGGCACUGCUGCUCUGCACCGAUCCUCGUGGGAGCGGCUUUCGCUGGUACAUCACCACCCCAUGCCUCGCACUUUCCACGGCAAUUGCAGAGUGUAAUACCUGCAGUGACGUGGAAACUAUGCGACGGGCGUGGCCAGUCAUUGAACCUUCAUAUCGACAGCACGAAGAGUUUCUGAUUUCGCAUGAUUGCCAAUCAGCGCAAGGACACCUGGUGCAAAUGAUGAACGAGACUCGGGAGAGACUGUCCUUAUUACUUCAGGAGAGUGGUAUUGGAUUCAGUGCAGGCCAGGCAGGCGAGAUCCCUGCUACUGACACAUUGUUACCCUUGGUUGCUGCGGGGAACAACCCAAUUGAUCCUCUAUUAAGUAGCAGAUUGCCAAUCACUGAAUCCGCUACACCUACGGCGUCUUUCAGCGUAUCCCAGCCGCAAUUCGGUCAUCAGAGCUGGGACAUGACGACGAUGCCAAUGGACGAUGUACCUGCGCGAGACGGGAUCCUGCUGACGACGGACGUAUUUGAUUCUCUGCAGUCGGAUUAUUUUUGA